AUGGCCAGCCCGAUUGUAAUGGUAAUAGAAAUUGAAAUGCCAUCAAAAGGGAUUGGAAGUCUUGGUUAUGUGGUUUUGGCUGAUACUGAAAUGUACUUCUUGGCCACAAUCCUAUCUAAACUUCUGUAUGUAGGUGCUGGUGCUGAAUGGCUGAACUGCGAUUAUAUCUUGAGUCCAGAUAAAUUCAUAUCGUUGGCCCCAUUUCAGACCUGUGCCAGGAAAGUGCCUAACCUGUACAUGAUGACCGUUUUCAUAAAUACUUCCAAAGAAAAGAUCUCUACACAUUACAUCAGUUGUCCUGACAUUCCCUCUGAAGCCAUUAAGCUUUUAGGAUCUACAAUCUGCAUGAAGGAUUUCAUGUCUUUCUCCUUUGAAACGUUUCCUCAACUGGCUGAUGAACAUUUGGAAGACUCUGAGGAGAUGGGAUGGAGCAUUGUGGUUAAUGAAGCAGGAACCCAAAGCCUGAACUUAAACGAGGCUACGGAACAAGGAUAUAAGCUCCUGGUUGAAAGCAAAAGGAUAACAAUCUAUGUGCCAUUCAAUGCCACUGGAGUGAUCCACCACAUGCAAGGCCACAGUCAUCUCUACACACUGCCUCUGCAGCUUGUUUUUGUAAAUCCAGGGCAGAAGAUGACCUUCUCUGCACAAAUGAUGUGCGUGACAGAUCUUGUGACCUGUAAUGCUACACACAUGACUCUCGCCAUACCAGAGUUUCCUGGCAAACUAAACUCUUUGCAAUUCGACAAAAAGAAUAUUUCCGUGAGUCAGUUGCACAACCAUGGGAUCAGUAUCGAAGAAAAUAACGGCUUAAGGUUACAUUUCAGCAAAACUCUUCUCAGAAUGAAGUUUUCUGAAAAAUGCCUUUCCUACCAGUUCUACUUAUCUAUACUCAAACUGAACUUUUCCUUCCAACGGAAGACAGUAUCCAUGGUGAUUUAUCCCGAGUGUCUUUGUGAGUCAUCAAUUUCUAUAGUUACAGGUGAGCUGUGCACCCAAGAUGGGUUCAUAAAUGUUGAGGUUUAUAGCCAUCAAACAACACCAGCUCUCAACUUGAGUACCCUCAGAGUGGGAGACUCCUCCUGCCAACCUGCUUUCAAGACUCCGGUUCAGGGACUGGUACAGUUUCACAUACCCCUGAAUGGAUGUGGAACAACCUACAAGUUCCAAGAUGACAAAGUUCUCUAUGAAAAUGAAAUACAUGCUCUCUGGACAGAUGUUCCUCCAAGCAAAAUUUCCAGAGACAGUGAAUUCAGAAUGACAGUGAGGUGCUAUUACAUCAGGGAUACCAUGCUAAUAAAGACCAAUAUUGGAAGUCUUCCUCCUCCAGUGGCUUCUUCAAAGCCAGGUCCACUUGCCUUGAUCUUGCAAACCUACCCAGAUGACUCUUACCUUCAACCUUAUGGGGACAAGGAGUACCCUGUGGUGAAAUACCUCCGCCAACCAAUCUACCUGGAAGUGAAAAUCUUAAAUAGAACUGAUCCCAACAUCAAGUUGGUCUUAGAUGACUGCUGGGCGACACCCACCUCGGACCCAGCCUCUCUCCCACAGUGGAAUAUUGUGGUGAAUGGAUGUGACUAUAACCUGGACAGCCACAAAACCACCUUCCAUUCAGUUGGCUCAUCUGUGACCUACCCUACCCACUAUCAGAGGUUUGAUGUGAAGACCUUUGCCUUUGUGUCACAAGCCCAACUGUUCUCUAACCUGGUCUACUUCCACUGCAGUUCCCUAAUCUGCAAUCAACUUUCUCCUGACUCCCCUCUCUGUUCUGUGACUUGCAAUGUGCCAGACAGGAAGAAGCGAGCCACAGAGGUCACUGAAGAAGAAAAAUUGAUAAUAAGUCUUCCAGGACCCAUCCUUCUGUUGCCAGAUGACUCUUCAUUUAAAGACCCCGUGGGCUCCAGAGGGCAUGGAACUGCUGGCUAUGUUGCUUUCAAUGCUGCAGCUGCUGUGGUUACCUUCGCAGGCAUCCUCGCAACCCUCGGCCUCAUCAGAUACCUAUGCAAGAAAAGAACCGUGAUGUUAAAUCGCUGA